GCUGGUGUCUGCGCGUGUGGGCCGCGUGUGGUUGUGCUGCGCGUGCGCGGGCCCCCUCCAGCGUCAGCAGUGGUUUUUCGGGUUGAUCCGACUUCUUUUGGCUGCCGUGAGUUAACUGUAUCAUAAAGGGUGCUGUGACUCGAAGGAGGAGGGGGGGUUGAAUUGCCAUAAUUCUCCCGAUAGGUUACACAUCCGGAGUCCCGACCAUCUUAAUUUUUCGCUCCUUUUCCCUUCAAAGAGAGUAACUUUUAUUGUUUUUAUUAAUUUAUUCCAUUUCUCUUAGUUUAUGGUUUGCACACUGGGAGGGCAGAAAUGGCGGCCAACAUGUACCGGGUCGGAGACUAUGUAUUCUUUGAGAACUCCUCCAGUAACCCUUACCUGAUCCGUCGGAUAGAAGAACUCAAUAAGACUGCCAGUGGGAACGUGGAGGCCAAGGUAGUUUGUUUCUACAGAAGGAGAGACAUCUCCCACAGCCUCAUCCAGCUUGCAGAUAAACAUGCAAAGGAGCUCGAGGAGGAGAAGGAGAACCCAACAGAGACAGAGCUAACAGAAAAACAGAAACACCAGCUCCGCCACAGAGAGCUCUUCCUCUCCCGGCAGUAUGAGAGUCUACCUGCGACACACAUCAGGGGGAAGUGCAGUGUCGCAUUAUUGAAUGAGACUGAAGCCGUUCUUUCAUACCUUGACAAAGAGGAUACCUUCUUCUAUUCGCUGGUUUAUGACCCAACACAGAAAACCCUGUUGGCUGACAAAGGAGAGAUCAGAGUGGGACCGCGUUUUCAGGCAGAUGUACCUGAAAUGCUACAAGAAGGUGAAGCAGAUGAGAGAGAUCAGGCCAAACUAGAAGAGAAACUGUGGGAUCCAGAGUGCCCACUCACCAACAAACAGAUAGACCAAUUCUUAGUGGUGGCACGGGCGGUCGGGACCUUUGCCCGAGCGCUGGACUGCAGCAGCUCUGUUAGACAGCCAAGCUUACACAUGAGUGCAGCUGCAGCCUCACGAGAUAUCACACUGUUCCAUGCGAUGGACACAUUGCACCGCCAUAAUUACGAUUUGUCCAGUGCGCUGAGCGUACUGGUCCCAGCGGGGGGCCCGGUGCUUUGCAGGGAUGAGAUGGAGGAGUGGAGCGCCUCGGAAGCUGCCAUGUUUGAAGAGGCAUUAGAGAAAUAUGGAAAAGACUUCAAUGACAUCCGACAAGACUUUCUGCCGUGGAAGUCUCUGACCAGUAUCAUAGAGUAUUACUACAUGUGGAAGACUACAGACAGAUAUGUGCAACAGAAGAGACUGAAGGCAGCAGAGGCAGAAAGCAAGCUGAAGCAGGUUUAUAUCCCCACAUAUAACAAACCCAACCCCAACCAGAUCUCGAUGACCAAUGGCAAGAUGGCGACGGUGAACGGAGCGGGCCCUGGGGCCUACCACGCAGCAGGGGGGGGCAGAGCCUGCGAAAGCUGCUACACCAUGCAGUCAGCCCAGUGGUAUUCAUGGGGGCCUCCAAACAUGCAGUGUCGUCUGUGCGUCUCCUGCUGGAUGUACUGGAAGAAGUAUGGUGGUCUGAAGAUGCCAAGCAGAGCUGAGGGUCCAGAGGAGAGGACCUCACCCACUCCAGCAAGCAAUGAGUCUCGCUCAAGGGGUCACGCUCCCCGCCAGUCCAACCACAUGGUGCCGAUGCGAAACAGCAACAGCCCCAAAUCCUCCAUGAAGACCAAGCAGGCUUUCCUGCUGCAGGCCACCCGCCUCACCAAGCUGGCCCGGCACAUGUGCCGUGACAUCAUCAGGCUGCGCCGCGCUGCGCGCCGGCCCUUUGUCCCCAUUAACUGUGGGGCCAUAAAGGCAGAGUACAUGUUAAGGGUGUCGGAAGGGCAGGGGACUCGCCUACCUAAAACCAGAGCCGCCCAAAGGAGCACUCUGACUAGUGUCCUGCAGUUUCUAGAGUCCCGUCCAGCAACCCACGCCCCUCGCUCCCACCGCACCCCGGGCCUUCAGACGCCUCCCCCUAGACGCCUACUCUCCUCUCUACCACAUGGGCCUCACGGCAUGCUGGGAAAACGCAGCUAUCAUCACCACAGCAGGGCUGACCCAGACAGGCGCACAGAGAACCCAGGUACAACAGGUGGACCUCUCAUGCAUAACGGCCGCAGCAGCAGCAGUGGAAAUACCAGAGGAGGAGUGAUGAUUCGCAAGAGGCGCCCUAAUUGGAUUGAUGCUCCCGAUGACAGCUUCUUCCUUGUCACACGGGAGACCAGGCGGGCUCGACGGAUGUUGUCUCGCUCCCAGCUGAGGCACGCUUGCCGGCAACCUUGUGAGCAAAUCACCCUGCGCAGGGUCUCCCAGGGUCCACCGCAGGGGCUUGUCCUCGCCCCUCCACACCCUCACCCCAGCCUGAGAAUGCGAGGCCCCAUUGUUAUCCACGAUUGAUCGGAUAUGGACUCUCCGACCUCCACUCCACCUGCACUUCUGCGUACACACUAAUGAAUUCUCACCACCUGUUCUGCCAUUAAAUCCUCAAACUCCCCCUUUACUUUUAGUCCUAAAAAUACCAUUGUAUCCCCUGACAACACUUAAACAACCUGUCUAACUGUUUGGCAACAGAAGGAUGCAAUGAGCUGCAAUGCAAUAGAAACAUAAGCCUGACCUGACUGCAAGUGCUGCCUGUCUUUACUCCCCUGGGGAUUACAUUUGUAUAUGUAUAUACUGUAUCUGGGUGCACGUAGAGAGCGUGCUUAUAUAUAUGUGACCCUAUCAACCGACACAUGAGGGAGCGGUCCGAGCGGAUGUUGAUGUCCGCUGUUUUUAGUUUUUACAGGAUGGACGUAACCACAGGACUUUGUGUGACCUUUGUGUUGAUGGUGAAUUUUCGUGAAGUUUUAUCAGUUUGUAUAAAGUUAUUUUGGGUGGGGGCAUGGGGGCUUGAAUUAGUGUGGGGAAGGGGUAGCGCUGCAUUUAAGGGGGAAUGGGGUUCUUUUAAUAUGGGUAUCAAGACACGAGUCCACUGCUAACAUUAAAAAAGAAAAUGCACUAUACUGAGAUUGGCCAUUUAAGACACGAAUGCUAUAAACUGUGUUUUAGUUUCAGUCAUUCACACACCUCUUGAAAUCUAAAUAAAUGAGCUGGAAUCAGUGUUGAAGAGAGAUGAGAUAUUUAAGUGGGGUCUGUUUCUGGCUCCAUAUUUCUAUUCUUGGACUAUACUGAAGUGGUUUUGCAUCAUUCACUCAGGCUCAAAAUGAGCCUUGUAUAUCUUAUGCUGGGCUUUGGUGCAGAUUCUCUCAAGCAAAGUAAAGCAUUUUUAUCUCCUCUCCUGUUCAAGCCAACUUUUAACUGAUUGGCAGCUUCUUGCAAACAGAACAUCCUAAAAGGAAUUCAGAGUUAAGAAUAGAAAAAACUGUCUCAAGCAUAAGCUUAUGUUUCAUACACACACACUUUUGGCAUGUUUAAAGGGGCAUGUUUAUCAGUGUUGCUGAUAUUAAAAGUUUAAUAAGUAACGCCUGUGAGCCAAAUGCUCAGUUUCACACAGUUUUUCCUUCUCUUACUGUGACAACAGAAGUCCCGCCCACCUGUUGUUCAAACCUUUUGUUUACAAGGGAUAUCCAAUUAGAAUAAGAUAGCUCACAUGGAGCGGCGACACAGUUGAACAACUUGUUUCACUCAGAGGACGGAGCAAGGGCUGCAAAAAGGAUCAAAUAAAUAUAAAUAAGGAUUAUUUUGAGCUGCUUUUAUUAAAAGGUACUUUAGUAGUACCCAGGAAUAGAAAUAUGGACUAUAAAUGAAUGGAACAGAUCCUCUUUAAUAUGGUCAUGAAACUUGUAAUUUCUCUCUCUCUCUCUAUAUAUAUAUAUAUGUCAUAACAUAAGAAAAUGCAUAACAGGCCCUCUUAAAAACAACAAUAAAAACAACAAAACGUGUAUAAUUCUACCUAAGAAAUUAUGUUACUCAUGAUGAAUCUGCUUGAAGUAUAAUGAGGCAGAGAAAUUAAGGGCCAGCUUACAUCAAACAACAUAAACCUCCCACAUAAACCGCUGUAUAAUAUAUUGUAUAUGUCAUUACAUCACUGUAAAUUGAACUCAUCUUCUUUCUAUGGCCAGUUCUACCUACCUAUCCCAAACAUGGGUACUAAAGCACUUCCUUUGCAGCAGAAAAGGGCAUGGAUCCGUCACAUUUCCCUCAAGGCUGUGAUGUCCCGGCAACUUUUUGAGGCAUAAAAAUACAUGCGGCUUUGCCAGCAGCUGUUUGCUAUGAGCUAACAUCCUCUGCUUUUUGUUCUUUAAAGCUGACGCUUGCAUUUUUACUGAUUUCAAACCUCUCUCCCCCUGCUGUACCGCCAAAUUGCCUCAAAAAGCUGCCUGCCAGCGCAUCCGGGUGUGUUUAUUCUGAGUUUUAGAACUGGCAUUGCCGCCGCAUGUCUUUGAGGUGAGAGCCUCAGCUGACCGAUGGGUCACUUGAUUUCUUCUUUCAGUCAGAAUGUUUAUGUUAGUGUUUCCUGUAUGUCAUGUAUUGAAUUAUGAAUAUGCUGAGACCAAUAAAAGAGAAAAACAACGCAGUGCUA